UCGAAUGCCCAGUGCCAUCACUAUUAUCAAAUAUCAUUGUUUCACCCAUCUGGUAACACCGCAAGUCGUAUUGUGCAAAAAGGAAAUAUAAUUUAGCCAAAACAAAAGCCAAAUAAGGAACAUGGCCCACGACCGCGAGGUGCUGCGAAUGAUCUGGGAGGGCCAGAUAGGCAUAUGCUUCCAGGCGGAUCGGGACGAGAUCGUGGGCAUCAAGCCGGAGCCUUUCUAUCUGAUGAUAUCGCGACUCAGCUACUUGCCUUUGGUGACCGACAAGGUUCGCAAGUACUUCUCACGCUAUAUAAGCGCCGAACACCAGGACGGAGCUGUGUGGUUCGACUUCAAUGGAACACCCCUGCGCCUUCACUAUCCAAUUGGUGUCCUAUACGAUCUGCUACAUCCGGAGGAGGACAGCACGCCCUGGUGCCUCACCAUUCACUUCUCCAAGUUCCCCGAGGACACGCUCGUCAAGCUCAACUCCAAGGAGCUGCUGGAAUCGCACUACAUGUCCUGCCUGAAGGAGGCAGAUGUGCUUAAGCACCGCGGCCUGGUCAUAUCCGCGAUGCAGAAGAAGGACCACAAUCAGCUGUGGCUGGGAUUGGUCAACGAAAAGUUUGAUCAGUUCUGGGCCGUCAAUCGGAGGCUAAUGGAACCGUAUGGCGAUCUGGAGUCCUUCAAAAACAUUCCCCUGCGAAUCUACACAGACGAUGACUUCACGUACACCCAGAAACUGAUUUCGCCGAUCAGCGUGGGCGGACAAAAGAAGAGUUUGGCCGAUUUAAUGGCCGAAUUAUCGACACCUGUGCGCAAAGCGGUUGGAUGUCGCACCCACGGCAUCGAUCUUCACGAGGAGACCCAACUCCAAUGGAUGUCCGAGCAUCUGAGCUAUCCCGACAACUUUUUGCAUUUAUCGGUGGACUACAAGGAUGUUUAGCCUUAUCCCUAUAUGUAUAUAGCCCUAUGUUUUGCCCAGUUCGCGUGCGUGUAUAUUUAUGCUUGUGUUCGUGUCCAUGUGUGCUUGUGAGUGUGCGUGCAGUUCUAUUUUUCGAUUCCAGCAAAUCCCAGGGCGAUCCUCUGCGAUCGAUUUACAUACAUAUAUACGGAUCCAUGUAUAUAUCCAAAAAUACGUCUAGUUAAGCUAAUCUGUAUGUUAUAUUUAUGAUAUAUGCCAGCAUUUAAAAGAAGCGAGCAGCGCAAACCAAACGAUUACUGAAACUACCCACUAACUAAUAAUACCAACAUACAGUUAAACUUAACUUUUUUUUUUAUUUCGGAACCUAAUCUGCCAAUUUUAGUUGCGGAAAACUUUAUUGAAAUUAAAGCACAGUUUUAUUACGUUUAUGUAAUUAUUUGAUACACUAAAACAACAUCACGCCACACUAAUGAUUAAUGGAAGCUAUUUUAUAUCGACCCAAUCAAAAAUAUAUAUAUAUAUAUACGAAAGUUAUAAAAGAAUUGUAUUUUUCGGGGGGGUGGGAAUAAAAUAGGUCAUUUAACUUGGCAGAUAUUAAGAAUCGAUAAGUUAUAUAUUCGCGAAUGGAUCGAAAGAUCUGUUCAUGGCUGUGUUAAUCAACCUCCUAUGGUAAUUUUUAAGCCUCCGGAAAUUGGUCAAGACCCGCAAAAAAAAAAAAGAGAGAAAAAGAACCGAGGGCGAGGUUAUCAAUUUCGUUCGCGAUUUAUCCGUCUGUCAAGAUAGUGCCUGGAAUUGAAAAUUGGGUCUGGAGUGGUGGUGCUAUAUCUGUUUGCUUUAUAUAUAUAUAUAUUUUUUUUUUUUUGUUAUUUCUUUGCAACCAGACGGACCUUACACAAUAUGUUUUUGGCCAACCCCGAAAUCGGAGAUCUUCAGUGCGUCUCCUUUAUUUGAAGAGCAUCGAUUUGACACUGUCAGUCGAACAGUAACAACCACAUUGUCCUGAUCUAUAAUUAGUUAACGCUUUUGCACCACUCGAGAAUGAUUUAUUCGAUUGUUAUUUGUAUCGUUUGUCUGGGCACGUUUGCCGUAGCGAGUCCAAAAAUAAACUGUACGUACAUCAGAUAAAAAGCCAAUCCAAAUUAAAA